CAAGAAUUCAGAUUGGUCGUGGUCGGCCCACCCGUGGUCGGAAAGUCUGCCUUGACGAUCCGUUUGACCCAGAGCGAGUUCGCCAACGAGUACGACCCCACCAUCGAGGACUCGUACCGCUACUACUGCACGAUCGACGGCAUCCCGGCGUCCUUGGACAUCUUGGACACCGCCGGCCAGGAGGAGUACUCGUCCAUGCGGGACUUGUACAUGAAGACCGGCGAGGGCUUCCUCCUGGUGUUCUCCUUGACCGACCGCCACACGUUUGAGGAGAUCUCCACCUUCUACAACCAGAUCAUGCGGGUCAAGGGCGAGACCGUGCAGUUUGUGCCUAUGAUGCUUGUCGGCAACAAGAACGACUUGGUCGACGACAGACAGGUCUCCUACGAGGAGGCCAUCCAGCUGGCCAAGCGCUUCGACUGUGCCUACAUCGAGACCUCGGCGAAAACAGGCAUGAACGUCAACGACGCCUUCCACGGCUUGGUCAAGAUGGUC